GAACUGCGAAACAAAUUUCGCACUUAUCAUUUUGGAUGGUCAUAUUUAUUGCUCAGUGGCCAUAAAUUGGUGUAAAAAGUGAAAAGUUAGGAAAACAUUGUUUAGAAUUUAAUCUUUUGAAAAUUUAGUUAUUUUCUGGUUGUGUGUAAUACAUUAUUGCGUUGCUUUUAAUAAUAGGAACGUACAAACGUGAAAAUAUAGCACAUGAUAUGCUAUUGAGUGAAAUAAACUAACAGUGAAUCUUGAAGUAAUUUGAUUUUAUUCUCUGUCUGAAAACGUAUUAUGGAGAGAAAAGUUUUUUUUAAAGAUAUACGCUAUAAUUUGUAACCAGAAUAACGCAGAAAAAUUCGAUUUAACAUUUCCCGUAUAUUCGAGAAUGAUUAAAUAAAAGCCAAUAUAUCAGAUGCGAAAGAUAACAUAUAUGUUGAAUAAGCAAAACGUCCAUUUUGACGGAUUACAAACAUAUACUAGUUUAUUUUUUUUUACAAUUAAUGACAUACAUAAGUGUUAAAAAUCAGUUGUUUUCGUAACGAUUGCAAACAGAUGUACUAAAGAGGAAAUAAGAUUGUAGUACUUUCAUUCCAUUUCGGUGUAACACAAUGAACAUUGUCGGAGAAUAUGAAUAUAGUUCGAAGGAUAUGCUUGGCCAUGGCGCUUUUGCCGUCGUAUAUAAGGGACGUCAUCGCAAGAAACAUUUUCCAGUGGCAAUUAAAUGUAUAACUAAAAAGGGAUUGAUUAAAACUCAAAAUUUACUUGGAAAAGAAAUAAAAAUCUUGAAAGAAUUAACAGAGUUGCAUCAUGAGAAUGUCGUGGCGUUGUUGGACUGUAAAGAAUCACAAGACUGCGUCAACUUGGUCAUGGAGUACUGUAAUGGCGGUGAUUUAGCAGAUUAUCUCACUGUUAAGGGCACUUUGAGUGAAGACACUGUCAGACUCUUUCUUAUACAAUUGGCCGGUGCCAUGAAAGCACUUUAUACCAAAGGAAUAGUGCACCGUGAUCUUAAGCCACAAAAUAUUUUGCUUUCACACAAUUAUGGCAAAACUUUGCCUACGCCAUCGAAAAUCACACUGAAAAUAGCGGAUUUCGGGUUUGCCCGUUUUCUGAAUGAAGGUGUUAUGGCAGCAACACUUUGUGGGUCUCCAAUGUAUAUGGCACCUGAAGUUAUCAUGUCGUUACAAUAUGAUGCUAAAGCUGAUCUCUGGUCCCUGGGUACAAUUGUCUACCAAUGUUUGACUGGCAAAGCUCCUUUUUUUGCACAAACCCCUAAUGAGUUAAAGGGUUACUAUGAAAAAAAUGCCAACUUGGCACCAAAAAUACCAAGCGGUGUCUCACCUGAUUUGCGAGAUUUACUGUUAUGUUUGUUGCGGCGCAAUGCCAAGGAUCGGAUCUCUUUUGAGAGUUUUUUCAGUCAUCGUUUCUUACAGGGGAAAUCGCCUAUAUAUGGUACACCUACUGAUGUGCCCCCGCAUAUGAGUUUGGACAAUAUUCCAGUAAAACCGAAAAGUUCUCAAAAGCUGCAUGAAAAGCCCCUGCAGCUUCCUGAGGCUAAUGUUGAUGCUAUUACAGUACAACCGGAUAAUACCUCAGUUUCAAUUGCGGAAAAUCCAGCUAUCUGUGCUACCAUUACAAAUGUUGGGGUGCUUUGUGACAGCGAAAAUAACAGCGAUUCAUCUGGGUCGCCAGAGGAUUCAGAUGAUUUUGUUCUGGUGCCUAAGAAUCUACCAGAGGAUCAAAAUGUCAUUGAAUAUGAGAAGAAGUACGAAAUACGUACAUAUGGCAAAUUAAAUAGACCUAAACGUUACUCUUUCCUUCAAACUAGGCACUCAGCAUGCCAGGCUGCGCAAACAGCAAACCAAUUAAACCCACUACGACCAAACAGUCUACCAAUAUCUGAACCCAAACCAGUUCCUGCUCCAGCUCGUCGGUUUUCGUCAAACACCACUGAUACUGCAUCUGGGAGCAAUGCAUCGUCUGCGGGUCGUACUAAUGUUAAUAGUGAUAAAGUUCAACGCCCACCAUCAAAUAUUUGCAACGAGAUUGUAAUUGCAACAUCCCCUAAACAACCCAGUGUGGUCACACAAUUUCCACGAUCACAGCCUAUUAGUGUAAAACAACGCGCUGAACAUCGUAAAAAUAGUGUAAACAGCGAUAUUAAUUCCAUUUCACCACCAGCGGUUCAAUUUGCUAUUGGUACACCGCCCGCCCGGCGCCGCUCUGCGUCGGGUAGUUCACUAUCGGAGACACCACCACCAAGUGCUCCAUGUACUUGGCAGGUAAGUCCAGGUACCCAAACUCAAUCCCCUCUACGACGAUCAGGUCACAGUUCACCGAUUCUUCCUUCUGUAUUGGCUAAAUUGCCGACACUGGGUAGCCCAACGUUGAUUGUAGCACCUGGUUCUGUCAAUUCGAUUGGCUCCGGUUCUUGUGGAUCAGAGAAUAAUAACCAACAUCCCGUUUUGGGUCCGCGUGCAUUUACACUACCCGAGCUCGGUGCCACAGGAGGUUUGCAAAGUCUUUUGGAUACAGCCAGUAGUCGUGCUACCGGUACAGAGGGCAAUCAACUUCAUACUUUCCAUGCGCCUGAAUUAUCGGAGGAAACUCUUUUGGACCGCGAACAUAAUGAGACUUUAUCAAAGUUGAACUUUGUUUUGGCUCUUACUGAUUGUAUCCAAGAAGUUGCAGACUCGCGUUGCGCACCUCUUUCAGCCGUCAUGGCUGUGGGUGGAACAUCAAACGAUCAACAAUCCAUACCGCCACAUGCACCUGAACACUGCAAACGAGCUGAACGGUUGGUAUUAUUGGUGCGUGCUUUACAGCUCCUCUCAAGUGGCUUAAACUUAGCAUCUCAACAGCUACGUAGCGGAAGCUUGAAACCAUCUUCAAAUGUUAAGAAUGCUUUAUUGGCAAUGAAUUCUAAAUAUCGAUCGAUUCUCUUUGAGUCAAAGAGAUUGAAUGGUUCCGGUUUGCUUCAAAAAGCUAAUGCGUUCAACAUUACAGCCGAUAAAAUUCUCUAUGAUUAUGCUUUAGAUAUGUGUCAGGCCGCUGCUUUGGACGAGUUGCUUAGUAAUACAAAAAAUUGUUUUGAACGUUAUAACACCGCACAUAUACUGCUACAUUCGUUAGUUCAAAAAUGCAAUCAUCCUCAGGAUAAAAUGCUAUUGAAUAAAUAUCGUGAUGCUGUUGAGAAACGUUUAAAUAUCUUGCAACAACAAGGCUAUAUAUAUGUGACUGAUGAAAGCUCUUAAGAUUCCGAAUAUAUGGUUUAUAGUUCAGUUAGGAGCCUUCCGUUUUCCGAUCAGCAAUCAUCUAUUUUAUUACUAUUCGAGUAUCUUAAAAUAUAAUUUAAGUAAAAUAAUAUUUUGCUAAUAUUUUAAUUUUUCGUUUAUGUAUGUAUGUAUCUAUGUAUGAGAAUUAAUUAUAGGCAAACUCACGUACGUGCUUGCAUACAUAUGUAUAUACAUAUUAAAUAUAUUUCCUACGAAGAGAAUGUAUCCGAAUAAUUUAUCAAAUUUAAAUUUUGCUAUCUUCCCAAAAAUUUUACGGCUAUAGAUAACUUAGGUUAAUUAAUAUUUUGCAUUUUACAUACUUAUAAGAUCGCGUGUGGUUAAUAAUAAUUCGGGUAAUAAUUUCAGAAAGGAAAAAUAAACAAAUAUAUCCUUGAAAUAUUGAUCAUCAAAAAGUGGCUAAAAUAA